AUGUCAAUCACUUUUGAAAAUCUACCCAGAGACUAUGAGAAACUACCAGUUCCUGUUUAUAUUCUUAAAGGUCGUUCCGCAGGUAGUAAGGGUAACUUGAUCGGGGCAAUUUCUGAUAAAUUUCCACCUCAGUACUACGAAGUUGUUGACGGCUACUUCAAGGCAUAUUUGCAUCUUGGUCCCGGUACAAACAAUAUCACUUUAAAGCAUAUUGAAGGUAGCUUCGAUAAGAGUGGUUACCCUGUACCAAAAGAGGGAGGUAAAACUUAUAGUGAAACUAAGAUCUUACUGACGUAUGACCCGCUGACUCAGCAAGGUCAGUUUCAAAUUCCAAAAAUCCACCUUUGCGUUCUUCUCGGUAGGGACUCUAAAGGUAUCUUUGACUGUCCUAAACAGACCAUGUAUCAGGGGAAUGCAUUAGAUACUGCUGUUAAGAAACUGCGUGUGGCCGGGAGACUCAUGCAGGCGUUCACUCUUGAUGAAAUGGCCAAGAACGGUGUCGGCAAGCGCUGCUUCCAAUUUGUUGAAGAAACUAUUCCUAGCACUGUAAGUCGUCAAGACGAGGCCAGCGGGACUAGCAGGAGCCAAAUUAAAGUGCACGUUAUUAGAUCAAAGUACAGUGUUGCUGAAAUUCAGGACAUGAAUUAUGCUCAGCAGAAUAAGCAUGCCAAAGAGGCUGGUAAGCUAUUUGAAAUAGCCUUGGAAUCUCUUCGUGACUCCGGAGGUGAUUUUGCGGACUCUGCUACUAAUCACACUCCAGCAUUGGCUGCCGUGUUAAUUUUGGAUGCUCAUUGGAGUAAAAAGAAUGGUGUUAUUCUUGGCCAUGCUGCGCUAGGUGGUGGAACAGAGAGAAUUAAACUUGCAAUUUUUGGCUCACAUGGGUUACAUUCUUGGCCUAUGGAUUGGGAGUCAGUUUUCCGGAGCUUCACUGAUUGUUCUCCAUUAUCCAUUGACGAAGUUGCUAAUGACUGCAAUGAAUGCAGUUGUAGAUGGGAAUGCCUCUGUGUUACUCUUGGCGCAUUUAUGCACGAGAUCGGACAUUCACUUGGCUGCCCCCACCAAGAGAAUGGCGUCAUGUUACGUGAUUAUGUGAGAAUGGACCGAAAGUUCCUUUCGAAAGAAAGAUAUUGUAUUCGUACCAAAAGAUCAGAAUGGGGACCUGUGUUUACCAAGGACGAGCCCGGUUGGAAUCGAUUGGAUAUUCUGAGGUUUUUGUACCAUCCUGCCUUUAGUUUGAUUCAGGAUUUUAAGGACAUCUCGUUCAAACCCUUACCCCUAUUGGCGAAUCAAGGUAUGAAGACUCCCGCUAAUACUGAUGUGGGACCUAACUUUAUUGCUCUUGAUGGCGACACUUUGAAUGUCCAAUCAAGCACGGGAAUCUAUCUUGUCGAAUGUCACAUUGGUGAAUGGUCCCGUCUUCACUAUGAGUAUAUUCCUUCUUUCUACAACGGUAUGGGUCCACAGAAAUCUAUUAAACUCAAUUAUAGCAUUAUGGAACAGCAAUUGGCUCCUAAAUGGCGCGGCAAGCCAAUUAAAUUAGAAGUUUUAACGGUAGGCUUCGGACAGAGGUCCAUUGAUAACUUAGGCAGCUACUUGGCAUCACAUUCGCAGGGAAUUCAACUGGCCGAUGGUCGUAUUGGACGGAAAACUGAUUUGUUCGGUAAUAAUGGAGGAUCUCCAGUUCAAGCAAUAUUCCCUCCCCAAAGAAACAUCACAAAAAUUAGAAUCACACAUGGUAUGGCUUUGGAUGGCUUUGAAAUUUACUUUGAUGAUAAAACUUUCGCCAAGUUUGGCAACUCAAAAAGCCAUUACUCUGACUUCCCCUUUGGAGAAGGUGAACAAUUGAUAGGCGUCGCUAUUCAUUCUGGUGCAUGGGUUGAUGGUAUCCAAUUUAUUACAGACAGACAAGCCAGCCCACUCUAUGGAGGAAAUGGAGGUUCCUUGCAUAAAUUCUUCUCUCCUGCCGGAACCAGCAUUUUGGGAUUUUAUGGCUCCAUGGGUAGUUGGUGCAAUCAGAUAGGUAUUAUUUAUGGAUAA